GCCAAAAGUUGGAGGGGAAACAACGCCGGGAAAGAAACUGGCCUGGUGCCAACAGCCGAACACCCUGCGGAGCGCAAGCGACUUUCUCGCCACAACCUGCACAACCAAUUCGAGGCGUGCCCACCGCACACCGCGCGAUCAAAUAAACGACGCGGCCAGCCUAAUGCAAACUACACCGCAAGAUGGCGAUGGAGAUUCACGGCGGAAACAAAUACCGGAUUGGUCGCAAGAUUGGUUCGGGAUCGUUCGGCGAUAUCUAUUUGGGGACCAACAUCAUCUCCGGCGAAGAGGUGGCCAUCAAGCUCGAGAGUCACAAGGCAGAGCACCCGCAGCUUGAAUAUGAGGCUCGCGUCUACAAGUCUCUUGCUGGAGGUGUUGGCAUCCCAUUUGUUCACUG